AUGCAUAGCCCAUUGUAUCACGUGACUCUGCCGAUUCUUCAACUUUUCAAAUCAACGUCAAUUACCCAUAUGGAUUUCCGCCAGUUUCCCGAAAAUUUCCGUUCCGUCGACCGAUUGCAGCCUGCGCUCACCGUGGGACUCCCGGUGUUCACCUUCGUGCUCGUAUUGAUCGACUUUGUCACCGGAAACGCCGUGAGCAACGCGUUUGCACUUUACGCCGGCGCCAUUUUUAAGCUUGAACUCAACCGGAUUUCGAUGUACCCACUUGCUCACACGGGGAUUUUCCACUGGUUUGUUAACGUGAUCAGUUUGAGUCCACUUUUGGCUCGUUUUGAAAAAGUUCAUGGAACGGUUUACACCGGCAUCACCCUCAAUUUGUUGGCUGUUUCCACUGCUCUCAUCUACUCACUUCUUGCUGGGAUUAUCAGUCCUUCUACCCGUGUCGAGGGACUUUCUGCCAUCUGCUUCCUGUUUCUUGAAUUCUACGCUUUAAAAGAACAGUCAUAUUACCCCAUUGCUUUCCAGUGGGGUGAUCGCUAUCGUCUUCCUACCAAGUAUAGUGCCUUUGUGGUUCUUAUUAUCACAUUUAUUUUGGUCCCCAACUCUUCGUUGUUGGGUCACUUGGCUGGAAUUGGCUCUGGCUACUUGUUGGCAGAGAAUUAUCUCAAGAUUUUGUAUCCACCUCGUAAGGUGAUCUUGUUCAUCGAAGACAAGUUGGAACUGUUGAUAGCAAAACUACUGCCAAUUGUGGUUUAUUACCGUGAAGACCUGGCUGCUGACACCAGAACCGUUGCCUAUGUACCCUUGUUUGGCUCUGAUGCCGAAGCGUCCUCUGCAAGAUUUGAAAGUAGCGGGCAUGUCUUGGGUACCUCCUAA